AUGAAGGAUAGGCUGGAGGAGCUGAAGAACCUGAGGGAGGAUGAUGAAGGCUUUCCAGAUGAUGACUUCCUGGGCUACGAUAACCCCUCUUUCCAUGAAGAUGAGUCAAAGGAGAUGGAGGAAUUCUUCAGGACGGUCUCGGAUAUUGCAGCAGAACUGGAUGGGCUUGAAGAUAUCUCAGAGGACAUUGCCAAGAAGCAGGCGCAGGUCCUGUGCAGCACUGCAAUGGAGACCAUCAGUGCUGAGAAGAAGCUGCUGGGGGACUUAAAGAAUGAGUUCACUGGGCGAGCCAAGGGGAUCCAAGCCAAUCUGGGACAAAUGAAGGAGGCUUCCUCCUUCCAAGGGAUGUGUGCUGAGGGACGGAUCCGACAGUGUCAGUUCAAUGUCCUGGCACAGCGCCACAAGGAGAUCAUGGUCUGCCAUUUUGCCAAGGAGAUGGAAUAUGUUGGCCGGCUGAAGGAGCAGAUUAAGAGGCAGACGGAACUGGCUGGGUUGGAGCUGGCUGAGGAGGACCUCCAAAUGCUGGUGGAGAGUCCUUCAGCACCCCAGAUUGUGGGCGCUAACAUCCAUGUCCUGGAAGCCCAGAAACAUUUGGCCCUGGCCCAUGAACGCCACCAGCAGUUGUUGACCCUGGAAGCCCAAAUCUCGGAGCUCCACGAGCUCUUCUUCCACCUUGAGGUGCUGGUGUCAGAGCAGCAGGGCAUAGUGGACAACAUCGAGCACAACGUCAUUCAGGCCGUGGACUAUAUCAGCCAGUCCAACGAGCAGGUGAAGAAGGCAUUCAAGUACCAGAGACGGUCCCGCAUCGCUGCAGUCUUCUCGGCUGUGCUGGGGAUGUGUGCCUGCUGCGCUUGUCUCUCUUGUGUGUCCAGGGUGGUGCCUUGA